GUUGACCCAGGUCGUCCCUGACGAAGCCGGAGUAGAGCCAAAAACGCUGUCCAUACUAGUUUUGGCCCUUCUGAGCGUGGUGGCCACGUUGGGCAUGCUGAGCAACUUCACGAUUUUGGCGACGGUGUGGCUGGACCAGCGUCUGCGCAGCGCCACCUGCUGGUUCAUCUGCUCGCUGGCGGUCGCUGACCUGGUGGUGCUGACCUGCGCCGUCCCGUUGGCCGCCCUGCAGGACCUCCGAGGUCACUGGCCCUACGGCGAGGUCUUUUGCGACGUCUGGAUCGUCGUGGACCUCACCUUCUCCACCGCCUCGCUUUUGUCCAUCCUGCUGCUGGCCAUCGACAAGUACAUGAGCGUCAAGUUUCCGUUCACAUACUCGCAGAAGAUGACGACGAAAGUGCUUGUGCUGGUUUUGGGCGGCGUGUGGUGCGGCUCGCUGAUGUCCAUCGCGAUUCCAGUCUGGCUCAACCACCACCAGCACCACCUGAACCUGAGCGACGUUCCCCAGGAGGACAAAGUGUGCCUGGCCAAGUUCAUGCCGCACUACUCGCUGCUGCUCUCCCUCCUGGAUUUUGUCCUGCCCUGCGCCAUCAUGGUCUACAUCUACUCGCGGCUCUACCUGCAGGCCAAGGAGACGGCCGACGAGAUCAAGGCGGUCAAAAGGUCACUAGAGUGCAACUACGUGACCUCGGAGGAGAGCAGCAAGAAGCCGUCCAUCACCAGACUGCAGCGUUUCCGCUACGAGUUCAAGGCGGCCCUCACCGUCGGCUUCAUCAUGGGCAGCUACCUGAUCUGCUGGAUGCCCUUUUUCAUCGUCGAAAUUUGGUCCAGCUUUGACGACAACUGCUGCUCUGACUUGACUUUCAAAGUUGUCUUGUGGAUAAGCUACGUGAACAGCGCUAUUAACCCAAUGAUUUAUGGUUUGAUGGACAAGAAAAUCAGGCUGGCUUUCAAGUCGUUCAUCUGGCAGUCGUCGAUCAUAGCCCUGCCACGCUUGUCCAUUGUUUACAGGGACUCUGUAUCUCGCUGAGUUAUUUUAUGUCAUUAUUUAAUAUCAUUCAAUGUUUCAGUUGAA